AUGCCGGUUAUCAACCCAGAAAAGCUGGCAAAGCUCCAGCAAAAUGCGGAUGAUGUGAGAAAUAUUUGCAUCUUGGCUCAUGUGGACCACGGCAAAACGUCUUUGACUGAUGCCCUCAUUGCCACAAAUGGCAUCAUUUCCCCUAAAAUGGCGGGCAAGAUCCGCUACCUCGACUCAAGGCCGGACGAGCAGCUCAGGGGUAUCACCAUGGAGUCGUCAGCCAUCUCACUCUACUUUUCCAUGUUAAGGAGACCAAGUCCAGAUGCUGCCCCUGAGCCAAAAGAAUAUCUGAUCAACCUUAUCGACUCCCCUGGCCACAUUGAUUUCAGCAGUGAAGUCUCAACAGCAUCCCGUCUCUGUGAUGGUGCGUUGGUUCUGGUGGAUGCUGUGGAGGGCGUGUGCAGCCAGACGGUCACUGUGUUGAGACAAACAUGGACGGAGAAAAUCAAACCAUUGCUCUUGAUUAACAAGAUUGACCGCCUAAUUACAGAACUGAAGAUGAGCCCCAGCGAGGCCUUUGUUCAUCUUACCAAGCUGCUGGAGCAAGUCAACGCUGUUCUGGGAAGUUUCUACCAGGGUGAGCGCAUGGAAGAGGACCUGAACUGGCGGGAGCGUAUGGAGGCUCGUAUGGCGGCGGCGGCCGCCAAAGAGGCGCAGCUGGCCGAUCAGCAGCCAGACACAGGGGAGCUCCAAUUUCAAGAGAAAGACGAUGAGGAGAUUUACUUUGCUCCAGAGAAGAAUAAUGUCAUCUUUGGGAGUGCCAUUGACGGCUGGGCUUUCACUGUUCGGCAGUUCGCUACCCUGUAUGAGAAGAAGUUGGGCAUCAAGCGGCAUCUUCUGGAAAAGGUCCUGUGGGGUGACUAUUAUCUGGAUCCCAAGACGAAAAAGGUCCUCGGCCGCAAGCAUUUGAAGGGUAGGGCGUUGAAGCCCAUCUUUGUCCAACUCGUGCUUGAGCAGAUAUGGGCCGUUUACCAGGCCACUGUCGGCAUUGAUAAUGGGAAGGGAGAUCCUGCUCUCCUUGAGAAAAUCACAAAGUCCCUGAACAUCACAAUUCCCCCACAUGUUCUUCGUUCCCGGGAUCCAAAACUUCUUCUUCAAACAGUCUUCUCGUCCUGGUUACCUGUCUCAGUGGCUGUGUUGGUCUCUGUUGUGGAAUCGCUUCCCUCUCCAAAGGCCUCACAAGCUGAGAGAUUCCCAGACCUGUUGGAAGACGUCCCUGGAGCCGACUACAUUGACCCUAACGUGAGGGAUGCUGUGGUCUCAUUCAAAAAGUCGUCUUCGGAUCCCGUGGUGGCAUACGUGAGCAAGAUGGUAUCGGUCAAGGAAAGCGAUCUGCCGGAGAACAAGCGCCGUGGGCCUAUGAGUGCCGAAGAAGCUAGAGAAUUGGCAAGGAAGAAGCGCGAAGAAGCUGCCCGCGCAACAGCUAACGCAAGCAAUGAGGAUGAUAUGGAUUCCCUGACCGCAGCUUUUGCGACCGCAUCCUUAGACCAGACUGCGCCCGAGGAGGUUGAGAAGCCGGCUGAGUCAGAGCACCUGAUCGGUUUUGCGAGAAUUUAUUCUGGCACGCUGUCAGUUGGUGACGAGAUCUAUGUCCUGCCGCCAAAGUUCAACCCCGCUCAGCCUUACACCGAGCCGGUGCCCAAGAAGGUCAAGGUCCAGGCACUUUACAUGCUGAUGGGCCGGAAUCUCGAGGCCCUCGACUCUGUCCCAGCUGGCGUUGUCUUUGGCAUCCGCGGCCUGGAAGACAGCGGUAUCUUAAAGUCUGGCACUCUUUGCAGCCAGCUGGAAGGGGCUAUCAAUUUGGCUGGCAUUGCGCAUCUCCACGGCCGCCCGAUUGUUCGCGUGGCUCUGGAACCCGUAAACCCAGCCGAUCUGGACAAGAUGAUUCACGGUCUUCAUCUUCUCGUCCACAGCGACCCAUGUGCAGAGUACGAGCACUUCGCCACCGGUGAGCACGUUCUGCUGACGGCUGGUGAACUGCAUCUGGAACGCUGUCUGACCGAUCUUCGUGAGCGGUUCGCCAGAUGCGAAAUUCAAGCCGGAGCUCCCAUCGUCCCCUACAGGGAAACCAUUGUCCGUGCUGAAGAGAUGCGCCCCCCAGCCAACAAGGAAUUGGGCCGUGGUGUUGUCCUUGGUGUGACAAGCUCGAAACAAGUGACCGUCAAACUGCGAGUCAGGCCUCUUCCUCGCGAUGUCACUGAUUUUAUGGUCAAGAACGCGGCUGCCCUUAAACAACUUUACACCGAUCGCAAAGCAGCUGAGGCACGGCAGGCAGCAGGCGAGGACUCGCCUACCCCUGGGCCAACCACAGAAAAUGGAGCAGCACAAGACGAGUCGGCAGAGGCUGAUGACGAACCAACAAAGACCCGCAAGAUCCUUUCCGCUGAAAGUCUUAGCAAGGAGCUUCAGUCUCUCUUUGACAACACCAAAGACAAACUCGAAAACUGGAAGGGUAUCGUGGACAAAAUUAUCUCCUUUGGUCCCCGCCGCAACGGCCCCAACAUCCUCAUCGACGCCACUAAGGGGCAAUUCUUCCCGAAGGCAUUUGCCCCAACCAAGGAGCACGAUAGCCGCCCCGUGGGCAAGGAAGCCCUCAGCCCGCACCAUUUCAGCGACAAGAUCACGUACGGCUUCCAGCUCGCGACAAACCAGGGCCCGUUGUGUCACGAGCCUGUACAGGGCAUAGCAGUGUUCGUCGAGGAUGUGUCCGUUACACCAGCGACCACGUCUGCUGAUGCUGAGGACGACGACGCGCCAUCUGCUCGCGACCGUCUCGGCCGUCUGACUGGUGAGGUGAUCAAGACAGUCCAGCAGUCUAUCCACAAGGGCUUCCUCGACUGGUCGCCUCGUCUCAUGCUAGCCAUGUACUCUUGUGAAAUCCAAGCAGCUACCGAAGUCCUAGGCCGCGUCUACGACGUCCUCACCCGACGCCGCGGCCGCGUUCAAUCCGAAGCCAUGAACGAAGGUACACCCUUCUUCACCAUCCAAGCCUUGCUCCCCGUCGCCGAGUCCUUCGGUUUCGCCGACGAGAUGCGCAAGCGUACGUCAGGCGCGGCGCAGCCGCAACUGAUCUUUGCUGGGUUCGAGAUCCUUGAUGAGGAUCCUUUCUGGGUACCCUUCACUGAAGACGACCUUGAGGAUUUAGGCGAGUAUGGAGACAGGGAGAAUGUGGCUAAGCGGUAUAUGGACAGCGUUCGGAAGCGCAAGGGGUUGUUGGUGGAGGGUCGGAAUGUGGCGACGGAUGCGCAGAAGCAAAAGACGCUCAAGAGGUGA